UAGAGAAUAACCUAAAAAGCUGGAAGGCAGAAAAUGGUUAAAUCCUUGAGUUUAGACAAAAAUGGAAUCAGGAAAGGUGCAUGGAGUGAAGAGGAAGAUGACAAGUUACGAGCCUAUAUCCAUAGAUAUGGCCACUGGAACUGGGGUUUACUUCCAAAGUUUGCUGGUUUGUCUAGAAGUGGGAAGAGUUGUAGGUUGCGAUGGAUGAAUUAUCUUCGUCCAAACAUAAAACAUGGGAAUUUUACUAAAGAAGAAGACAACCUGAUUAUUGAUUUGCGAAAAAAGCUUGGUAACAAAUGGGCCGCGAUAGCUGCAAACUUGCCAGGAAGGAGCGACAAUGAAAUAAAAAACCGAUGGAACACACACUUAAAGAAACGGGCACAUGAUGAAGACAUUGUGCUAGAGUUAGACCACCUUGGAUCCAUGGAACCUGAUCAAGCUAACCUGAAAAAAAAUCAAGAUCAAGAGUGCGAAAAGGAUAGAGCAGUGAUUAAUUUAGCAUCUGAAUCAUUAUCAUCAUCUUCGUCGUCUUGUUGGUUAGGCUUAGGUGGUGCUGUCUUUGGCGAUGUUCCAUCACAAACAUCUAGUUACCAACUGGCUGAUGAUUUUUGGAAAGAAUCCUUUUUGGAAGACAUCACAUCGUCGGUUGAUAGCAUGCCAUCACCUUAUCUUGUCGAUAAUUUGAUGUCUGGAUCUUCUUGUCAGGAUAUGACGGUGGUUGACGAGUUUUCAUGGUCGAUGUUGGAUUCAUAUAGUGAACACAACAGCGAGUUCUUUUAACUGCUAGGAAAAUACAGUGUAAUAAUUCAUCAAAUAAACAGAUGUUAGACUGAACAAUAAAGUGAUACUCUUUGAUCACUUAUUAAAUACUACGCAUUGUCUCGUUAAGUUACUAUCAUAUAAUCUAUGGGUUACACGUGAA